GACACUUCAAUUCCCGAUUUUUGCUCUUGAUUGGUUCUGUGAGUGUGAGUUUGGUUGAAGCUCCUCCUUUUCUCUUCUCCAUCAUUCUUUGUUCAUUUCUCUCUCGCCAGGCUAAAAGCAAAUCAAUAAAUAACAUACACAAUGAAGAUCCAGUGCGACGUUUGUAAUCAAGAUGAAGCCUCCCUGUUCUGCUCCGCUGACGAGGCUGCUCUCUGCGAUGGCUGUGACCGACGCGUCCACCACGCCAAUAAGCUCGCCGGCAAACACCUACGCUUUUCUCUCCUCCAUCCUUCCUUCAAAGAAACCCCUCGUUGCGACGUCUGCCAGGAGAGGCGCGCCUUUCUGUUCUGUCAGGAGGACAGAGCUAUUCUAUGCAGAGAGUGUGACCUUCCCAUUCACACGGCCAACGAACAGACCAAAAAACACAACAGGUUUCUCCUAACCGGCGUGAAGCUUUCUCCCUCCUCAUCUCUCUAUUCCACCACCAACUCAUCCAUCAAUGAUGUCUGUGAUUCUGUGAAAGAUAAACUAAACAACUCAAAGCUUUACUUGAAAAAGAAAUCCGUGCCGCUUUGUUCUGGAGCGGUUGUUCAUCCUACACCGCCAGUAGUUGAGAAACCGUCACCUCCACCACCGCCACCGCCACCAACAACUACUGCUACUAUUACGACUCACAAGUCUGAUGAUCAUCCGGCAAGCGGAGGGGGAUCGACCAGUAGCAUAUCGGAGUACUUGAUAAAGAUGUUGCCGGGAUGGCAAGUCGAGGACUUUCUUGACUCCUACUCUGCUCCCCAUGGUUUCUGUAAGGGUGAUGAUCUAUCUCCGUUUCAAAUUCAGGAUAUGGAUCUCGAAAACAGUUGGAGCUUCGCUGCUCAAGAUAUAACGAUCUGCGUACCUCAAGUGCCACAAGCCUCAACCACUCCUUACUGCUUACCCAACGAAAUCAACUUUGAAAAUGGAUUUAAGGAGGCAAGCAAUCAAAAGACUGCUGCAAACAAACGGUGGAGAGACGAUGGUGGUUUUACAGUCCCCCAAAUUAGCCCGCCGUCCUGCAAGAGAUCUACACAUUUUUGGUAGAAAAAUCAUUCAAAUAAGACAAGUUUAAUAUAUCUCUGCGCCAUUUUGAUGAUUUCGUGAGUCCUGAUAUUUCAAAUUUCAAUCCACUUUCUUGUUUCUUUUUUCCGUCCCCCUCACGAAACUAGGUUAGAUCCUCUGUUUCACUGUGUUCGGUGUGCUCUGUACCAUGUAGGUUUGUUUCAUUUCCUCUCUUUGCUUUGGAUUUGGAAUGGAAAUCUGUAAAUAUCAAUACGUAACAGCUUUUCAUCCCUGUACUUAAUCUGGUGAGCAAUAUAGAUACAGGGAAUGCAAGUACGUUUCUUCAAAUGUAGUUCCAGGAAUAGAAGGCAAUAAAGCGGAACUCUUUUUGAGCUCUGGGGUGGAUUUAGUGAG